AUUAGAAAGCCCUAAUGUUCUGACGGCACCAAUUAUCCUUUUCGAACGCGACGGCCCCUUCGAGUCCAGUGGAGAGAGGCGUGAAAAGGAAGAAGGGUCUGUGGAUUUAGGGUUUCAGUAAGUGCUGGAAAAUGUCUCGUGUGUAUGUUGGGAAUCUGGAUUCUCGAGUUUCAGAGAGGGAACUUGAAGACGAGUUUCGUAUUUUUGGGGUUAUUCGAAGUGUUUGGGUUGCUCGAAGGCCACCGGGUUAUGCUUUUAUUGACUUCGAUGAUACCAGGGAUGCAAAAGAUGCAAUUCGUGAGCUGGAUGGUAAAAAUGGGUGGAGAGUUGAACUUUCUCACAACUCAAGAGGUGGUGGUGGUGGCCGUGGAGGAGGUCGAGGACGCUCUGGUGGUUCUGACUUGAAGUGCUAUGAGUGUGGUGAACCAGGUCAUUUUGCCCGUGAGUGCCGAUUACGUGGGGGUUCUGGAAGACGUCGCAGUCGCAGUCCCCCCCGAUAUCGGAGGAGUCCAAGUUAUGGCCGGAGGAGUUACAGUCCUCGUGCUCGGUCUCCCAGACGUCGUAGUUUGUCUCCACGUGGUCGGAGCUAUAGCAGGUCACCACCUUAUCGCGCACGUGAGGAGUUGCCAUAUGCUAAUGGAAAUGGUCUUAGAGAACGCCGUCGAAGCAGGAGCUGAAUUGCAGGCCUGGUGACUUAACCUUAUAGGAAACAUCCAGAGGAUUAUGCUUGUUACUGUGCUUGGUCUUUGUUUAAGUUGGGCGUCGCCCUCAGCUUCAUCUCGUGGAUUUGGUUAAGUUCCUGAACUUUAUUAUCAUGUCUGAACUUUCUCUUUUGUUCUGCGUAUGCACCAUAUUUAUAGAUGCUUGUAGGCAAUGGAUCUUAAGGUACUGCUGUAGUUUCAUGAUAGUCCAGAAACUGAAGGAGCAUUGCUAAAGUUUUAUGCUUU